GGUAGCCAGUUCGUUUCCCUGGUCCCAAUUCAUGGUUGACAGAUGUACAUUGCUUCCUUGACCUUCCCCAGGUCAAUCGCUGGUCUCUCUCUCUCUCUCUCUAUAGAGAGUAUCGCUCACAGGUCAACUAGCACACGAUGACCUAUGGGGAUUCGACCUGAAGACAUGCGUGUGGUAGGCAUAUGAUAGCUGUUACAAAUUUUUAUUCAAAAUUGGAUGAACGCAAACGAGCCUAAAAGGACGAAUGAGCGACUGAAGAGACAAACUGAUGGCCAAGAUGCAGUUGAAUCUUUUUCUUGUAACAACAGCUGUUUCAUGGAUAUUGGUAAGUGGUUCCAGCGCCACUAGUGAAGAGAGCACCAUUGAUGCCGUCAUGUCCGAAGUUCUAUCUUGCCUCAGAAUCCCAGGAUUGUCAGUAACUCUGGUGAAAAAUGGACGUGUUAUUUUGGCAAAAGGCUAUGGAACAAAGGACAAGAACGGCCAGGAACCCGUUACAAGCUCCACAUUGUUCAGCAUCGGAUCGUUGACGAAAGCAUUUUCAGCUACUUUGCUCUCCAAAAUAUUGUAUGAAAAGGGGCACGAUCUAGAAACUCCGUUGACAACAAUUGGAGAGUUGAAUGAUUUGCGAUUUUCUACUGAAGAAUUAACGGCACAUGUCACUGCCCGAGACCUCCUCAGUCACAGGACCGGUAUUCCCAGCUACGACAAAGCGAGACUGAGUGGACAAAUAACGUUAGAUAACAUUGCUCAGAUACUGCCGCUACUCCAAGCAGCGUUUCCACUCAGAAGCAAAUUAAUGUAUAACAACCUUAUGUACGGGUUAGUUGGUCACGUGACACAACGUCUGACGAGGAAGCCAUGGUCAGAUGCCAUGCAGGACGAGCUGUUAAAACCAAUAGGCAUGCGACACACCGCCAUCCUAAAUACGUCAAAUUACGAGCAUUUCCAGUUACCAACACCCUAUGAUUUUACUAAAAGGAACUUCAACGCAUCAAGAGAAAUUUCUCCUAAAAUUUUAAAGCUAUGGUCCAUGAAUGCCCCCUCAAUGGCGAUCGUUUCUGACUCAGUAGACAUGGGGAAAUGGAUACUGUUUCACCUAAACGAAGGCCGAGCAGAGGACGACACUCAAGUUAUCCCACAGGAAGUUCUUGCAGAAACAUACAGGCCUGUCAUUCCUGUACCUCAUCCCCGCAACAAGUUUACAGCUCGCCCCAUAACUCCCGUCACCUUUAUAUUCGAGGAAUAUGGCUGUGCGUGGAAAGUGGGAUAUUACCGAGGCUACCCACUAGUUACGCAUUCUGGAUCGACCCACGGAUUUUCUUCCAUCCUAACAUUCAUUCCUUCAAUGAACAUCGGCGCCUACCUGAAUUUUAAUACGUUUGACAGAUCUCAUUUUAGAAGACGCGUGAUAAUGGCAUACUUGUUGGACAUCCUUUUGGAAGAGACUCCAUGGCUGAACAGUUCAAGUAUCUGCACGUUCCCAGCUCCGUUUGCUGAAUGGCAAUAUAUUCCCAAGUCCGGUGCAAACCGAACGCGCGGCACAGCGGCACGGGCACUCAGCAGCUACGUGGGACGAUAUCAUCACCCGCUUUUCGGCAGCGUCAACGUUGUUCAUAAUGCCACUGAACCGUUUCUCCGCAUGUUUUACGGGCCACUAGGCCACUGGGCACUAUUCCCAAACAAUUCGGACGAGUUCUUUGGAGUGGGCCAAGGGGCUGUUUGGAAUUUUGCACUCAAGGACCUUAAGUUCACAAGCCUUAGCGCAAAUAAUGAAGAUAUAGAUGCUUUUAUCAUCACAUCUUUUGAAGAGAAAAAACCACCAAUUUUCAAGAAAGUCACGGAAGUGUCGGGUAUAAAUUUAAACUUGUUUCUUACCAUAUUGUUUUUGUUAUCAUUACUGACUUAUCAUAUAGUUGCGCAUAUGGUAAAACGUAAAAGAAAAUCAAAUUAAAAUGUUUUCAAAUAAAGAUAAAUCGAAUCUAUGUUUGAUUAUAAAAAGCUUAAUUAUUUCUUAAUUUUUUUAAUUAUUUAAGAAAUAGUUGAAACAAAAUUUG